GAGAAACGAUAAUGCACUCGAGGCUAGUUCCUGCUUGAUUAAUAAACAAACUGAUAUGAAGCAAGGAGGCCAGUGGGGGGAGCUCUAGCCUAUACCCAUGACAAAACAGAAGCAAGAGCAAGCUGCCGCCGAAAGCCCCAGCCCCGCUCUCUUCUCCCUCCACCCUACACUUUUCUUCAUGUUCUCGUCACUAGAUUCCAACUUCCAGUUCAUCACCGCCCCGGCCAGGAGGCAGCCGGCGACGACCAAGGCGGACGAGGACGAACCUUCGCACUCGCAGGGCGAUGACCGGAAGCUGCCGGCCAUGGAUCAUGCCAGGAAGCGCCACCAGGAGAAGGGCUUCCUUUAUGACUGCUUCUUCGUGUUGUGCUGCUGCUUCUUCUGUCAUGAAGCCUGCGAGCACUGCCUCAAGUGCUUCUGCUGCUGCCUCUACAAAGACGAGUGACCGACCAACCGGUCCGGAAUCGGCGCUCAUCCGAAGAUAAACCCUGUGGACUUGUGAUUGUAUAUUUUUCAGUUUGGUUGCCAAUUUGCACCAUUUUAGUGCACUGGUGUAGUAAAGUCCAUGCGUGUACAUCUGGAAUUGAUCUUCCCCAUGCUUUGCUCAUGCCCCUGCAUCUGAAAACUGUAUGCCAAGAGACCCAGAGUGAGAAUACUGGUAUUCAGCAGAAGCAUACAGACUUUCUUUGUUGUUGUUGUUGUACAUUA